GUGAUGCUGUAAACAAGAUUUUCACGGACAGAUCUGUGAAGAGAUCUACUGUUUUUGGUGUAGCUAAUGUUUACGAAAGCACAAAAUGCAAACGCUCCGGGAGGAACAGGGUCUUCCUCUGUCGUCUCUGCGUCUUUUUGUUCCGCCCCUGCGGCUGGUGUGUGCUGCUCUGUGGCAGGUGAUCGAGCGGAGAGACAUCAUGGACUAUGGGCUGCUGGAGGAGUUUGCCACCACCGUGUUGGAAAUAGUCCCUGAGCUGAUGAGUUACAGAGAGAGGGUCCAACUUCUCAUGGGACUAAGAGCACGGCUGGUCCUAGAGUUAUGUCGCUGUGAUGAUGAGUUGUGUCGCCCUGACACCGUUCAGCCACACCUGAACAGGAUGAGGAGCUGUAUCUCCAAUCAUAAGGGAGAGGUUUCGGAUCCAAAUGUGGAAGCAUCAGAGGCGAACUUCACGAAGCUGAUUGAAACCCUAAUGGAGGAGCCAAAGGAGAGGGAACUCUUCUUCCAGAAUGUUUUUCCAGAGGAGUUUGGCCCCAAGUAUGACUCAACACUGCAGAUUCUUGUGUGGGAGUUCCUGUCCAGACUGGAGAAACUGCUUCCUGCUCCAAACAUUAAACAGACUGCAUCGUGGCUCAACCUUGCCCCUGCUCUCUUAGAGGAGUGUGUGCAGUCUGUGGCUCACCCUGAGCCAUUACAGGCACUCCUCCAUCACCAUAAAAAUGGAAAACAGUUAGACACCAAUGCUCUAAGGUCGACUGGUGGUGACUACAUCCUCUCUUCACUGUCUUCCCCUUCCUCUGUGAAGGAAGAAAGUGCCUCUUACCAAGCUGGCCCAGAGAGACAGUCCUAUCCCACCAUGCAGGGAUAUCAAAGCCCUUUCCCAUGUGAUGAACCAGAGAUGAGUUGGGACUGCCGAAUGGCAGAUUGUAGGGUCUGGACUGUAAAGCCACCAGCCGGUUCUGCUUCUGUGGAGGUAGAGGUCGAGACUAUAGAGGACGCCACUGAUAUAAUGGUUAAACGCAAGACAAUCGACAAAGAGUCGAUAAAAGAGACGAGGAGAGAAGAAGCUGUUUUCUGCCCUCAGACACGCAGCGGACUGAAAACCAGCCGCUUGACAGCUGCCUGUCUGCGCCGUCAGCCUGUACUGCGUUUGAACAGGCUUGACAUUAGCAAUAUGCCAUUACCCAAGUCCUUGCUAACACUGAUUCUAAGGAGAGGGAGACUUCAGGCUGAGGUGACAAGACGCCCAGGACCGAAAAGAAGAGGCAGAAAGAAAAAACGGAGACGAGGACGGGGUGUUGCAAACGAGAAGAUUGAAACAGACACACUUGACGUGAGCGAUAUGCCGCUACCCAAGUCAUCACUAACGCUGACUCUAAAGAGAGGGAUAGUGCAGGCUGAGGCGACGAGUUCCCAAGUACCGAAGAAAAGAGGCAGAAAGAAAGGACAGAAAAUAGGACCUGGUAUCACAAGAUUAAAGAUUGAAAAUGUUGGAGUACAUACGCUUGACAUUAGCGAUAUGUCAUUACCCAAGACCUCGCUAAAGCUGAUCAUACGGAGAAGGAAACUGCAGGCUGAGGCAACGGACAGAAAAGAAGGACAGAAAAGAAGAGGUAGAAAGAAAAAAUGGAGAAGAGGACGUGAUGUCAGAAAUGAGAAGACUGAAGCAAAGGGUGUGAAAAGAGAGCGGUCACCUGAAACUGAGGAAGAUGCCGAACCAUCAGAUAAUGAACUUUGGACCACUGUCAAUAAAGGGGCCACUGUCGAUGAGUCUGGUGGGGUCCGUGCUUCUCCUCAUUGUCCAUCAUCUCAUAAGAGGGAGGAGGAAUUGCAACAGCCCAUACAGCACUUUCACUCAGAGGAGCACGGGGGUCAUAUGGCCAAAGGGCAGAACAGAGAAGAACACUCAGAGAGUGUACCUCAGGACUCUCAAACUCUUGAGCCAUCCAACAUCUCUCACAAAAGAAGCUUUCGCUCAGAGGAGCACAGAGGUCAUGUGGCAGAAGGGCAGAACAGAGAAGAAUGCUCAGUUAGUGUACCUCAGGACUCUCUAACUCCUGAGCCAUCCAACAGCUCUCACAAAAGAAGCUUUCGUUCAGAGGAGCACAGAGGUCAUAUGGCAGAAGAGCAGAACAGAAAAGAACGCUCAGUUAGUGUACCUCAGGACUCUCUAACUCCUGAGCCAUCCAACAGCUCUCACAAAAGAAGCCAACGCGUCAAAGCAUGCUCUUUCUGUGGCAAGACUUUCACUGACACACUGGGCUUGACAAGACACAUGCGAUCUCACAUUGAGCAGAUGUCACAUCAAUGCACCCAGUGUGGGCAAGAGUUUGAAUUCAGUGAGGACUUAGAGGAACACCAGAAGCAUGGCUGUGAGGAAAUGAACAAAAAGGAUAAUAAUGAGGAAAAUGGUGAUGACUACUGUGGGAGAACUGUACAGCAAAAACCUGAUCUGAAAAAAAAAACUGAUCUAAAAAGAGACAAAAAACCUGAUCUAAAAAGAGACAAAAAACUUGAUCUGAAAGGAGACAAAAAACUUGAUCUGAAAGGAGACAAAAAACCUGAUCUGAAAGGAGACAAGAAACCUGAUCUGAAAGGAGACAAGAAACCUGAUCUGAAAGGAGACAAGAAACCUGAUCUGAAAGGAGACAAGAAACCUGAUCUGGAAGGAGACAAGAAACCUGAUCUGAAAGGAGACAAGAAACCUGAUCUGAAAGGAGACAAGAAACCUGAUCUGGAAGGAGACAAGAAACCUGAUCUGGGAGGAGACAAACAACCUGAUCUGAAAGGAGACAAACAACCUGAUCUGAAAGGAGACAAACCACCUGAUCUGAAAGGAGACAAACAACCUGAUCUGAAAGGAGACAAACAACCUGAUCUGAAAGGAGACAAACAACCUGAUCUGAAAGGAGACAAGAAACCUGAUCUGAAAGGAGACACGCAAGACUGCUCCAUAAAGUGCCAUGUGUGCGGGAAAAUAACUACUCGUAUGCUGGGUUUGCGAAGGCACCUUCUAAUUCACUUCAACAAUGGAGCAUACAAGUGCUCUGCGUGUCCAAAGACUUUUAUAUCAAAUGCUGAUUUGAGAUCGCACCUGAGAUCAAAAAGAUCUUGUAGGGAGAAAUGUUCUGAUGAAGUAAUUACUACCGGGCUCCACCUCAAAUCUGUCCCUGGUGAGUACAAGUGUCCUUACUGUGGGGACACCUUCCAGCUCCCAGAUGAUCUGAGAGGACACACAAAAGACUGUUCCAGAAAGUGCCAUGUGUGUGGGAAAACUACUGCUCGAAUGCUGGAUAUGCGAAGGCACAUGUUAAAACACAACAACAAUGGCCCAUACAAGUGCCCGGUGUGUCCAAGGACUUUUAUAUCCCAUACUGAUUUGAAGAUGCACCUAAAAACAAAAAAACUUUGUAGGGAGAAAUGUUCUGAUGUAAUGAUGAAUGAAUUACUUUCUUCAGCAGAUGGUAAAUGUAGGGAAAAUGUCAAUGAAACAGGAGUCAUGACAAGGUGCCAACAACCAAGCUCUAACAACACAGCCAGGCCUUUGAAGAGCAUUGAAGAGUUCUUUGAAGAAUUCUCUCAUGACUUGCAGCAAUCCGAUAACAGCAUAAGUAGUGAAGUGAACCUGAAUAGCCUGAAUAGCCUCGAUGAAGACUACAGUGACGAGAUCAGUCAAUACCAACCCAUGAAGGAUGUUGACCUGAAUAGCCUCCAUGAAGACUCCAUAAUGACCACUGAAGACUACAGUGACGAGAUCAGUCAAUACCAACCCAUUAAGGAUGUUGACUUGAAUAGCCUCCAUGAAGACUACAGUCAGGCAGAGAUCAGUCAAUACCAACCCGUUAAGGAUGUUGACUUGAAUACCCUCCAUGAAGACUACAGUCAGGCAGAGAUCAGUCAAUACCAACCCGUUAAGGAUGUUGACUUGAAUACCCUCCAUGAAGACUACAGUCAGGCAGAGAUCAGUCAAUACCAACCCGUUAAGGACGUUGACCCAGAGGAGGACAGAAGGUCUGUGGAUGAUUCAGGGGGAAAUGAGAUGGCCAAUGACAAAGAUCCAAACUCAACCGAAUGCUUAACAGAGGAGCAGGUGUCACACACUGAGGCAUGCUCUCUCCAGGAUUCUCAAUCAGAGACAGGCGGAGAAGUGAAGAACGAGAUACAGGUGAUACCGGUAUCAACAAUAGAUACGACAAUACUAAAGGCACUCCAAUUUGAGGUUUUAAGAAAAUGAUGGACUGCAACAACUUCCUACCACUUUCCCUAUAUUUCAUUGUAUUGUAUGGCCAUAGCUCUCCUAAACCUGGGGCUGUAUUCACAAAGUGUCUCAGAGUAGAAGGGAUCUAGAAUAAGUUUUUCCUUUGAGAUCAGAAUAACUAAGAGGAUCAGCAUUCCUACUCUGAGAAGCGUUAGGAAUAUGGGCCCAGAUUGGACCAACAUGUUGCUGUAAGCGAGUGAGUUCCAUCUCACCCUCUCUCUGUUACACAACCCUUGGCACUGAAGUCAACCGUGCUGACAGACGGAGCUUGUUACUCAAUGAGAAAUAGUUGCCGUGAGAUCUCGGCGCGGGUGACAUCACCCCAUGACGGCUACCAAUUCCAGCCUGCUAGUUCCACAUCCACUACACUCACUCCCUAUUAGUCUGCUACAGCCGAUUUGUAAUCUCGAGUCACGGCACCAUUGUAACAGAGUGAGUUCUGUCCCCACCUGGGGUGCAAACUCAGCGUUGCCUUUGGACUGGGCUGAAAUGACAUUACUUUUUUUGUUUGUUUUUGUUUUUACUUAAUGUAAAAAUGUGACAACUAUAUCUUUCCCCUUUCUCUCCCUCGGUAUCAUUAAUUAUCCACUUUUAUAACACUUUUAUAACACGUUAAUAUCAUGUGAUGUCACUGUAUACUGUAAGUUACUUUGGAUAAGUGUCUACGCCGUCUAGUAUUAUCUAUCUAGUAUUAUCUACAUGUUUAUCCACCUUGUUUUGAAGUUUUACAUAGGUGUGAUACAUUUAAAUUCAUUAAAGAAAACAUAUGAAAAGGCAUGGCUUUGAGUCAGAC